AUGACUAGUAUUAUAGGAUGGCGGUUGUACUUUGAUGGUGCCGCCAAUCAGUCGGGGUUUGGCAUUGGUAUCUUGUUAAUAUCACCACAGGGUGAUCAUAUCCCUAGAUCAGUCCGGUUAGCAUUUUUCGAUGAUCACCGGUUGAUGAAUAAUAUUGUGGAGUAUGAGGCUUGCAUUACAGGUUUGGAGACUGCACUUGAUCUUGGCAUUAGACAGUUGGAAAUCCAAGGGGAUUCCAAUUUGGUUAUACAGCAAAAUCAGGGUAUCUGGAGGACUCGGGAUGAGAAGCUAAAACCCUACCAUGCUUACUUGGACCUGUUGAUUGAUGGAUUUGAUGUGUUAAGGUAUAUACAUCUGCCCAAGGCGGAAAAUCAGUUUGUCGAUGCAUUAGCCACCUUGGCUUCUAUGAUUGUGAUCCCCGCGGGGGUGACUGUUAGGUCAUUGCUGAUUGAAACUAGGUCUGCACCAGCUUACUAUUGUCUGAUUGGAGAGAUAGAGGAUCGGAUUAAUUUGCCAUGGUAUCACGAUAUUUAUCAGUUUCUGUCAUGCGACACUUACCCAGAGUCAACCUCGCCCAAAGAUAAGAGAGCAUUGAGACAGUUGGCCACCAGAUUUGUUAUUUGCGGGGAUGCACUGUAUAGGAGAUCACCUGAUGGCCUGUUAUUAUUAUGUCUAGACCGUACAUCUGCAGAUGAGUGA